AUGGUCGGCCCUCGUCUUUUUGAAACGAUCCAACUCAAAUCAGUGUCAACCGAAGAGAUCUCCAUGGAGAACUACCAGAAAAUUGAGAAAGUCGGCGAAGAACUCAGCUCACGCGUCGGUUCGUCUCUAGGCACAUACGGUGUCGUCUACAAGGCCCGCGAACUGAACCAUCCUUGCCGUAUUGUCGCUCUGAAGAAAAUCAGACUCGAGGCCGAAGAUGAAGGUGUCCCUAGCACCACUAUCCGCGAGAUCUCGCUGCUCAAAGAAAUGCAGGACCCGAACAUUGUUCAAUUGCUGAACAUCGUCCAUGCUGAUAGCCAGAGUCUCUAUCUGGUCAUGGAGUUCCUCGACCUUGAUUUGAAGAAAUACAUGGAAGCUCUACCGGUCAGCGAGGGUGGUCGCGGCAAGCCACUUCCGGAUGAGUCUACUUCGAUGGCAAACCUGGGAUUGGGCGAUGCCAUGGUGAAGAAGUUCAUGGCCCAGUUGGUUGAAGGUAUUCGCUACUGUCAUAGUCGCCGUAUCCUUCACCGCGAUCUCAAGCCUCAGAACUUGCUCAUUGAUCGUGAUGGUAACCUGAAACUCGCCGAUUUCGGUCUGGCGAGAGCCUUCGGUGUGCCGCUACGGACUUACACCCAUGAGGUCGCUACACUGUGGUAUCGCUGCCCCGAGAUUCUGCUUGGUGCCCGCCAGUAUUCUACUGGUGUCGACAUGUGGUCCAUUGGCGCGAUUUUUGCCGAGAUGUACACACGCAAGCCGUUAUUUCCCGGUGACUCGGAGAUCGACGAGAUCUUCAAGAUAUUCCGUACCCUCGGCACCCCCGAUGAAGCGCUCUGGCCAGAUAUAACCUCAUUCCCCGAUUACAAGGCCACUUUUCCCAAGUGGAAACGUCCCAAUGUCUCAAUUGUCCCCGGUCUGGAGCUUGCUGGGCUCGACUUGCUGGAGGCCCUACUCGAGUACGACCCUGCCCACCGAAUUUCGGCGAAGCAGGCUUGCAUGCACCCGUACUUGUGCACCCGUACUUCCGGAAUGGUAGCUCAUACUACUCGGGCCGUCCCAGUCGCAACUUGUCGACUUGACACCGUCAUUCAUACCUUGCAAAUUCAGACAGAGAACAACUGA